AUGCCAAUCGACGCUGACCACGAAAACAUCACGCGACGUCCGAGUCGUGACGACCCAGGAUUUGUGAAACUCUCUCAGCAGUUGCAGCUCAUCCUUCGCUGCCAAGGUCCGUUCAAGCGGCGCGUUUGGGGUCUGGACCCAAGAGAGAAGACCGAUCUUCUGUACAGGAUGCUCGGUGUUGAUGACGCUAUGGAUGAGCUUGAAUCCGUAUACAGUCAGUACGUUCCAGGAACUUGCGAAUGGAUCGAAUCAAAUUUGCAAUAUCGCGGCUGGCUGAACGACAGAUCACUACAGCCACGGGUCUUGUUCAUCUCUGGCCCUCCUGGGUCUGGCAAAUCAGUCCUGACAUCACACAUUGUACAAAGCCUCAGGGGUCGCAGCCUGUCCUGUCAAUUCUUCUUUUUCCAGCAUGACGAUCAACGAAAACAAUCUGCUGUCUCCCUCUUUAGGUCACUGGCCCUUCAACUAGCCAACAAGAUCGAGCCGUUCCGCGACUAUCUGGUGGCCCUAGCUGCCGGUAGCUAUAGCCUCGAGCACAAUACCCAGGACCUAAUCUGGAACAAACUGUUCACCGACGAGCUUCCAAGGCUUUUACCCGACCGGGACAACCCCAUGUACUGGAUCAUCGAUGGCCUGGAUAUUUGUGGAUCCGGUGAAGCGUUUCUUUCAGGUUUAGCUAACCCAUCCCUAUCUUCUAUUCCCAUCCGGGUUGUCGUCACCAGCCGUGUCACGCCAACCCUAUCUCGCGUAUGCAAUCGGCUGGGUGCUUCCUUGCAGGUUCAGGUUCUGCGGCUGGACAAGGAUGCAACAGAUGCGCAAAAGGCAGCCAUGAGACCCCUAGUACGGACCAAGCUUGGUGCGCUCCACGAACAUCUGACUGAUCAGACCGUGCUGGAAGGCCAAGGCAACUUUCUUGAAGUCAACAGAAUCGUCCGAGGUAUUCUACGCGGCAAGAGCCACCCCUUAACCAGCCCUGACAACGUCGCGACAAGCCAGCCAGAUACCAGACAGUACUGGAAAGAGGUUGCAGCAGACAUGAGUGCCGGCUGGACAGCUAGCAAACGGGCACAUGCGAAACGCAUAUUGACAUUGGUUGCUUAUGCCCGUUAUCCCCUUACAAUUGCGCAAGUUUGUGAGGCCAUCACGCGAUACGAACCCAUGGCGCCCGAUCGUUAUGACCCAGUCCAACUAUGCGGAGCAUUGCUCCAGGUCGACGGGCGGUCCCGCCUCAUACUAAGACACCGCACCGCUCACGAGUACUUAGUCGCCGCGGAAGGCCGUGACCUAUGUUGCGAAUCCCACGAGGCCCACGGGAUCAUUCUCGCGAUGAGCUUGAAAGCCAUGGCGAGGAUGAGCGUGGGUGGUACCGACAGCCAGCCCCGGUUGAGUCUGCCGCCGGACUCAUGGGCCUCAUAUGCCACUACGUCCUGGGAAUUCCACCUCUCUCGCGGCGCAGUGUACCUCGAUGGAGAGCUUCUUUCGAUAGUCGACAGUUUCCUCGAGGCCCCAACGGUGGUUUGGUGGAUCUUCAUCCUCGCAAGCUCUAAUCAGCUGGAUCUCCUUACGGACGCAUCGGCCGCCUUGACCGUUCUCCAUGCGCGCAGGAGCGCCAUGCCAUCACUAAGGCACAACGUCGAUCAUAAACUGUUACAAUGGGCCACUGAAAUGGCCAUGGUUCAUGGAAAAUUCGGGAUGCAUCUGUCGAGAUUCCCUCGCGCUAUCUACGACGUAGUUCCAGCGUUCUGCCCCGAGACUUCACCAAUACGAACACUGCAUACCAGCAGGGACGAGGCAUCGAGGCUCGUCGUCAAAGGCAUUCCGGACAAAGCAUGGGUUGAGACGUUGGCUAAGAUCCCUGUUAAGAACCCCUCUGGCAUCGCGUGUACCAGCCAGUAUGUCGCAUUAUCCUCUUUUGGCAGCCGUCGGGUCAGACUAGUCUCAACGACAAACCCGUGCAGUGCUAAGACGGUUCAUCACCAAGAAAGCGUCAGCCGCAUGCGCUUCAGCAAUUCUGGGCAUAUGCUUGCCCUGGCCAGUCUACGGACCAUCAGUGUAUGGCAAAUCGACAUCUGGGUUUUGCGCUGGACCUUCGCCGCCCCGCCGGCUGCCCCGAUGGUCGACAUGGCCUUCGACUCCGGAGACACCGCGCUUCUGGCCUAUUUCAAAGAUGGGCACGUGUGGAGAUACCCGCUGGAAGACUUCGCGGCAGGCAGUUGCUGUCUCGGGCCAGCUCUCGCUGUCGGCCCCGAUGGCCGCCGCCACGUCCCUAAAGCUGCUGCAUUCAAUCAGGGCGCCACCAUGCUUGCUACCGCGUACUACGACCUACCCCUAUCGGUAUGGGACGUGUCCAGCAGCGGCCUGCGCGGGCCGCGACCACAGAGCAACGCCGCACGCCAAGAUGCAGACCGGGCGCCGGACCCCGUGGACCGGAUCGACUGGACCCCGGCUCCGUGCCACGUUCUCACCAUCCGUGGCGGCUCCGCCUACGCGUGGGAUCCCGACCGCCAGGUUGAGCGCCAGAUAUGCGGCGGCCGUCCCAAAUAUAUUUCCUCCUCUGCCGGCGGGGACUUUCUUAUCACCAUCCACGAGGUCGAUGGAGAUUGCUUUUCCUCGGCAAUACCUCGUGUGACGUUGUGGGUCUGA